AUGUGGUCGGCCGAGCUGAUACGACGAAGAGAAUAUCGCAAUGCCUACAAUCUUCGACCUCCGCACUAUAUCCCCUCGUUCGUUCACGGGACAGACGCAACACCAGCACAUCUGGGUCCCCAGCUGAGCACCGGUACUCUCCGAAACAUAAGCAGUGGUUUCUGGACUGUUGGUGGCAGAGCAUCCGUUCAAACAGGUCAAUUGCCAGGCGUUCUUUCGGCGUCAGGAAGUCUGCUUGUCAGUGGAGCAACCGCUCCUCUCCAUUCAGCCAAUUUUAUGCGUCCGCCAACACCCGGGGACUGCGUCAUCGACCACGGGCGACGAAUCGCCCUGGCCCUCGAGAUAGACCGAGCCAACAGGAUACUUCACCCGCCUUCCAUUGAAGACACAAAUUCGACCAAGUUUCCUCCUGACCGCAAUAAAUACGUAUGGAAAGACAGUACUUGGAUGAGGGAAUCCUUGGUUCAAUUUUCUUUGACAACACCCGAGAGCAAAACCAGGCGCGAAAAAGCAGUACCAACAGUUCCUUUUCGUGUGUUGGACGCCCCAAAUCUCAAGGAUGACUAUUAUUGUUCCAUUCUUGCAUACAACCCUACUUGCCACACGCUGGCUGUCGCGCUGACCCAAAAGGUUUAUCUAUGGACAGAGCAAUAUGGUGUCCGCUAUCCGCCAUUACCUCCUGCCCGUAGCUCCAAUUUCGUCACGUCACUGGCUUUCUCGUCCGAAGAAGGGGGUAAAGCGAUCCUUGCAGUCGCAAGGAAUAAUGGUGCAGUCACACUUUGGAGCCUGCUGGAAUCUCAACCGCGAUUUGAACCCCAUCAUCCAUGUCCAGCAUCUUGCGUAUCGUUCAAGCCCACUGUGACUUGGCGUGAGUCGACAUUUUCCGACUCCCUGGUCGCCUGCGAAGACUUGCUUGUCGGAGACGACAUUGGAAAAAUCUACUAUUAUUCUAUUGAAUGGCUCGAGAAUGGACAAGGCUUGAUGACACUGCUAGCGAAGCUUGACGCCCAUAGCCAGAACGUCUGUGGCUUGGCCUGGUCGCCGGAUGGCCUCACAUUUGUUUCUGGAGGAAAUGAUAACCGGGCUCUCCUUUUCGAUGCUGGGGUUGUGCUCCAAGCCCAGGCUACUAUGGAGUUCUUCGCAAACAAUCCUGCUGGCCCAGUGGGUUCAAACCACCCCCUUGGUCCACCCGGUUUGCCCACUCCAGAAGCCUCCCCUGACCGUGGCCGCCGGCCUGGAAAUCAAGAACGCAUGCAACAUACAACAGAUGUCGCCCAUACGCAAUUAGAGCCAUUGCCGACUCCCCCUCCGACACCAUCCAGAGGUCGACGUCUCGAUCGAACCCCACAUGUUUCUGGAGGGUACCAUCAGCUGCAUGUGCCUUCGUGGAAUCCAAACGUUCAUUCUCAACGAGAUGACUUUGCAAUCCCAGGGGUUCUUCUUAGCUUGGCUGACGUCCAUGUAUAUUCCUUCUAUCAUGCGGCGGCCGUCAAAGCCAUUGCAUUUGCUCCUUGGCAGCCAACUUUGCUUGCGACUGGAGGUGGAAGUAAUGAUCGUCAGAUUCACUUUUUCCAUGCUGGCUCUGGAGCUACUUUGGCUUUGAUCAAUGUCUUCUCACAGGUGACCAGUUUGGUCUGGAGUACCACUCGGCGUGAGAUCGUGGCUACAUUUGGAUACUCGCAACCGGAGCAUGAGAUUCGAAUUGCGGUCUUUAGUUGGCCAAGUUGUGAAUGUGUAGUCAGCAUUCCUUAG